UAUUCAAUAGAAAGUUUAACUCAUAUUCAGUGAUUGAAUUAGUUAUCAAAAACCAAAUUAUGGAAAAUGUAUUUUCAUUGAAGACAAUCAAUGAAAGGAUCCGAUCGCUGGAUGUCUACCCGAAAGUGUUAGAAGAUUUCCGAAUCAAGACAUUCGGUGGGGCCACAGUGACAAUAAUCAGUGGUAUUUUAAUGGUAGUCUUAUUUAUAUCUGAACUAAACUACUACUUAACUCCCGAAUUACGUGAAGAGUUAUUAGUAGACGUUUCGCGCGGAGAGAAACUGAGGAUCAAUUUGGAUGUCGUCUUCCCUCAUAUUGCUUGUGAUUUUCUGGCCAUCGAUGCCAUUGACGUGUCCGGCGAACAGCACAUCAAUAUCGAGCACAAUGUCUUCAAACGUCGUCUUUCACUGAAUGGAGAACCGCUUGAAGCGCCAGAAAAAGACAAUACAAUUGGCACAAAAAAAUUAAGUGCAAAGAAAGAGUUUCUCAAUAAAGUAACGGAAACACCGGUCACAACGUUAGACCCGAAUCGGUGUGAGAGCUGUUACGGUGCAGAAAGUGGUCGUCGAAAGUGUUGUAAUACUUGUGAUGAAGUUAGACAAGCAUACAGUGAGAAGGGUUGGGGUCUCAACAAUAUGGAUGACAUCAUGCAAUGCAAACGGGAAGGCAUUAAGAGUCGACUCCAGAACUAUGACAAAGAAGGCUGUCAGGUGUUUGGAUACGUUGAGGUUAACCGAGUCGGCGGUAAUCUACAUAUCGCUCCCGGAAAGAGCUUUACUAAACAUCACGUUCACGUGCAUGACCUCAGUAUUGGCGACUAUCAGCGAUUCAAUCUGACACACAAAGUAAGACACCUGUCCUUCGGCCGGACAAUGCCCGGCAAAACUAAUCCAUUAGACGGAACCUUUCAAUCGGCUGAAGAAGGAGCCAUGAUGUUUCAGUAUUACAUUAAAAUAGUGGCCACACUUUAUGCCAAAAGUGAUGGCCAGACACUUCAAACAAAUCAAUUUGCAGUAACCAGACAUAAGAAACCAGUUUUAGACGCCUUAUCCGAGAAUGGAAUGCCCGGAGUGUUCUUUGUCUAUGAGUUCGGACCAGUUAUGGUAAAGUAUAGUGAAAUCAAUAAGUCAUUCAUGCAUUUCCUCACUUCUCUCUGUGCGAUAACCGGUGGUAUCUUCACUGUAUCGGCUAUUAUAGACUCAUUGCUAUAUCACUCGAUUAAAGCCAUACAGAAAAAGAUUGAAUUGGGAAAAGUCUCGUAAUUAAGUCAUCAAUUAGUUAAACAUUCCUUUAAAUUAUAAUUUCAUUUAUAAGUUUUUUUUAAAUAUAUAAUUAAGUCAUUAUAUUUAUAAUUGU